AUGGGAUGCAUAUAAAAUUAGCCAAUAAGUCCUGAACUUUCUGUUAUAGAAAUUAAUUCUCCCAUAUACAAUCCUCACAAUCCACCACCAAUAAAACCAUAUUCUAAUAAUUAAUAUCCAGCUGCAAGAUUACCUACCAGUUAAUCAGAAUAAUCAACUUAAUCUAAAUUUAUCUAUAACAAAGGAUUAUCUUGGUCAAAGAAUGGUAAUAUAUUUAAACUAAACUUAGAAAAUUAAGAUAGAAUUUUCUGUGCUUCCCUUAAUAGUUGUCCUUACUUUUGA